AUGGCAUCAACUACACAAAUCUCUCUGCCUAAUGGUAAGAAGUAUGACCAACCAACUGGUCUUUUCAUCAACAAUGAGUUUGUUGCAGCUACAGGCGACGAGUUUGUCGUGACAAACCCACAUACAGAGGAGGAAGUCAUCAAACUCAAGGGCGCAUCAAAAGAGGACGUUGACAAAGCUGUUCAAGCCGCGCGCAAGGCCUUUGAGGGCGAAUGGUCUGAGCUUGCUGCUGUUGACCGCGGCGCUUUUCUCUACAAGCUUGCCGAUCUUAUUCAUCGUGACCGUGAGCUCAUUGCCGCUAUUGAUGCCUUUGACAACGGCAAGCCCUUUAGCGCUUGUCUCGCUGGUGAUCUCGAUGAGUCCUACAACGUAUUCCGCUACUACGCCGGUGCUGCCGACAAGAUCAGUGGUAAGACCAUCGAAACCUCCCCCGCCAAACUCGCAUACGUCCUCCAAGAGCCUCUCGGUGUCUGUGGCCAGAUUAUCCCAUGGAACUUUCCCUUCAUGAUGCUCGCCUGGAAAGUUGCGCCCGCUUUGGCCUGUGGCAACACAGUCAUCCUCAAGCCCGCCGAGCAGACCCCGCUAUCUGCUCUGUACUUUGGUAACUUAGUCAAAGAAGCUGGUCUUCCUGCAGGUGUCGUCAAUGUUCUGCCUGGUCUUGGUCCUUCUACAGGAAAGGCCAUUGCUGGACAUAUGGACAUUGACAAGGUUGCCUUUACCGGUAGCACCAACACUGGCCGAGCUAUCAUGAAGGACGCCGCGAACAACUUGAAGAAUAUCACCCUUGAGUGUGGUGGUAAGAGCCCCUCUAUCGUCUUUGCCGACGCCGAGCUGGAGCAGGCUGUCAAGUGGUGCCACUUUGGAAUCAUGGACAACAAGGGAGAGGUCUGCACUUCUACUUCAAGAAUUUACGUCCACGAGGACAUCUACGACAAGUUCCUUGAGAAGUUCGUCGAGGUGACAAAAGAGAACGACAAACUCGGCUCACCCUUCGAUGAGUCAACAGUUCAGGGACCCCAAGUCUCCAAGACACAGUAUGAGCGCGUGCUAUCUUACAUCGAGGAGGGCCGCAAGUCUGGAGCCAAGCUUCUGUACGGAGGCAGCAAAUAUGGUGACAAGGGAUAUUUCCUCCAACCCACAGUCUUUGCCGACACAACUGAAGACAUGAAGAUUAUGAAGGAGGAGAUCUUCGGCCCUGUAGUUUCAAUUGCCAAGUUCUCUACUGACGAGGAAGCUAUUAAAAAGGCCAACGACACCUCGUAUGGUCUAGCCGCGGCUCUGUUCACAGAAAAGAUUGCUCGUGCACACAAGGUUGCUCGUAAGCUCCAGGCUGGCAUGGUCUGGAUUAACUCGUCGGGUGACUCACACUUUGGUAUCCCCUUUGGUGGUUACAAGUCCUCAGGCAUUGGACGUGAGUUGGGACAGUAUGCUCUGGACGCGUAUACCCAACCCAAGGCUGUUCAUGUCAACUUGGGUUUCGAGCUGUAG